UUUCUUUUUUUUCUUCAUAAGACUUUUUGAUGUUUCAUUCAUACUAGUAUAUAUUUUCAUUAAAGCUACACUCUUUUCACUCCACACAAAAUCCAUUUUCUUCAAGUAUCAACCAUGGGGGGUGGAAAGACCACUAUCAUGGUACUCAAGGUUGAUCUUCAAUGUUCAAGCUGCUACAAAAAGGUCAAACAAAUUCUCUGUAAAUUCCCUCAAAUUAGAGACCAAGUAUAUGAUGAGAAGGGCAAUACAGUCACAAUCACUGUUGUUUGUUGUAAUCCUGAAAAACUUCGUGACAAAUUGUGUAGUAAAGGAUGUGGAGUAAUCAAAAGAAUUGAAAUCAAAGACCCUCCGAAGCCCAAACCUCCUGAAAAGCCCAAAGAGCCCGAAAAGCCCAAACAACCUGAAAAGCCUAAAGAACCUGAAAAACCUAAGCCCAAAGAGCCCGAAAAGCCUAAACCCAAAGAGCCUGAAAAGCCCAAAGAGCCUGAAAAGCCUAAAGAGCCCGAAAAACCUAAGCCCAAAGAGCCCGAAAAGCCCAAAGAAGGUCCUAAACCUAAACCAGCUGCUCCACCACCAGCACCAGUGCCCGUAAUGCCAAUGCCAAUUCAAGAAUACCCACAACUGCCACACGGAUAUUGUUGUGGACAAUGCUAUGAAGGCCAAACCGGGGGCCCAUGUUAUCAAGGGUAUGGAAGACCGAUCCCUCCCCUGGGACAUUGUUGUGGAGAAUGCUACGAAGGCCAAACUGGGGGCCCAUGUUAUCAAGAGUAUGGAAGACCGGUCCCUCCGCCCCCGGGACAUUGUUGUGGACAAUGCUACGAAGGCCAAACCGGGGGGCCAUGUUAUCAAGGGUAUGGAAGACCGGUCCCUCCACCUCCAUGUUACGAUAACUAUGGGCCUGGGCCUUAUGGCUAUGGUAGGGGCUGUUAUGUGAGCAGAUGUGAUCAGUACUUUAAUGAUGAAAAUGCUAAUGGUUGCUCAAUUAUGUAAGGUGGCCCAAUUGUUAUGGUUCAAUGUCUAGGCUCAUGAAUGUGGGCUUCUAUUAAUGUGGUUGUCUUUUUUUCUUUACGAAUUGUUAUAAAUAAACAAUGUAUAGUUAAUUUUCUUUUGUAAAAUAGAAUAAAAGUUGCUAACUAGAUUGUUGGCAAAGCCUUGAUUGAUUAAUAAAUGUCAUUUUUCAACAUUA